AAACUGCAACAACGCUCUUAAAGAAAAUGUCCACGCAUCUAAAAGUACACUAGGAAAACACAUGCAAAGAUUUGUCUUCAUAUUGACAGAACACAUUCCCAGCUCACGUACACUGAACUAUUACAAGUAUAUGCCUAGUCCUAAUCCUUACUCCAACUCAUAUCUGGCUCCAAAUCUAAUUCCAAUACCAAACAAAUUCAUACACCUGAAUAUUCUACAUGUCCCCAAAAGACAAAGUGUCCCACAAUAAUAGCACUUUUCUAAAACAUUGUCCACAUGAGUAUAGCUACACCAACAUCUUACACACACCUCAAAUCCCUCACACGUUUUUCCACAAGUAUAAACCAAAAAAAUUCACUCCCCCCCUCUCUCCCUCUCUCUCUCUUUCUCUCUCACACACACACACACACACACACACACACACUGCACUGAUCUGGAUGGGCGGACCACUCAGUCAGCUGACGUCUAAACUGUCCUCACCCUCUCCAGUCUUCCAGUGCUGUUGGUAUGAUGUUGGGUGAGUCCCGUGAGUGGAGAAGCUGCAGGAGCCGAGAGACUGGGUCUCACUCAGGCAUGCGUGCACCCACAUGGCCCACUCCUGGAGGGGCCCGCGGGACACAGGCUUUGUCAUUCUGAGCCUCCUCCUUCAGUUGCCUGUGAUGGGGAGACGUUUGCGGUGCUGCGCUGCUGUGAUGCUGCUGCUGGUCAUGGCUCACCGCGGCCGCCCGGCCACUCUGGAGCCCAUCCUGUGGAGCAGCUCCAGUUCACGAUUUUCUCCAGGUCAGGGUCUGGUCCUGUAUCCUCAGAUUGGAGACAAGAUGGACAUUGUGUGUCCCAGAUCAGACGUGUCCUCAGGGGGUAAAGAGGAGUUCUACAGAGUUCACCUGGUGUCCCUCAGCCAGAUGGAGCGCUGCAUCAUUGACAAGAUAGACACGCCCCUGCUGAGCUGUGAUAAGCCGCACCGCGACGUCAAGUUCACCUUCAAGUUCCAGGAGUUCAGCCCCAACCUUUGGGGUUUCGAGUUUUUCAAGGGGAAGGACUACUACGUCACCUCCACCUCUACAGGUUCUCUGCCGGGUCUGCACAACACUGACGGAGGAGUGUGUCGGAGCAAAUCCAUGAAGCUGGUGCUGAGAGUCGGCCAAAACUCUUCGGAGACAGCCUCAACACUGCAGGAGUCGCCCACCAGGUACCCACCCAGAAGAGGGAAGACCAAGGACAGGGACAGCAGUGUGAAGGGUCAGGAGUUAAAAGACCAAAGUGAGGCACCAAAGACAACCCCCAGCGGUGGCUCUGGAAGAAAACUCUGGUUCACGUGGAUGUUCUCUGGCUGUGUGGUCGUGGUUUUCAUCAUGGUAACAGCUUUUGUCUGGCUGUGGAGGCACCGACGCCAACGCUGUGUCCCAGUGGGCCAGCACACUGCCUCCGUGUCUCUGAGCACUGUGCCAAAGCGGGACAGCAUCAGCAGCGACAACGACGGCUCGGACCGCAGCGACCUGGUGUUUCCCCUGCAGCGCUCUGACAGCAUGGUGUGUCAUCACUACAAACGCGUGAGCGGCGAUUAUGCGGCACCUGUGUUCAUAGUUCAGGAGGUCACGCCCACAUCUACGCCCCCCAAUUUGUACUACAGAGUAUAAUGUUGCAGAACACCAAUCAUGUAACUGGUAUUCUGUCAGAGUGAGUACUUUGAUCAACACACUCUACAGACUGCAGCUCUACUUUAGA